AUGACGGCCACCAGCACGUCGGAAACCACCGCUAUGGGCCUCAGCACCCUUUUGCCCACCACUGACACCACCACCGCUGGUACCACCACUCUCACCACCACCCCUACACCCUCCACAGCCACCACCACCUCUGAACCCUCCACAGACACCACCACACCUGAUCUUACCACACCUACCACCACCCCCACACCCACCACAACGACCUUCAGCACCUCUGCACCCACCACAGCUCCCAGCACCUCGGCUUCCACCACGCUUGUCUCCAGCACCUCUGCAACAACCAUGACCGCCACCAGCACCUCUGCACCCACCACCAUGGCCCCAGGCACCUCUUUGACCAGCACCUCUCCUACCUACUGA